AUGAAGAUGAAGGUUGGCGUCCAAUCGGAGCAUCAAGAUGCCGAGGACGGUUUCAAGAUGCCUGUAAUCAAAACGGAGCCAGCACUUAGCCCCGUUGGCGAUGGUUCUGCGUCUCCAGAAAUUGGAAAGUUGAGCAAGGGGCAGAGGAAACGUGCUCGGCUGGUUAAGAAGAAGCACGAUUCAGUCGGUCGCUUUGAUAGAAAGGACCAAUUGGAUUCUCUUUAG